AUGGUUCACCGUCAAUCAUGGUGGAAGAUCGGUGCGGAGGUGGAGUGUGGCGUCUCGGCUCCUCCCUCCGGCGUGGCAGGCCGGUCUCUGUUUUUGGCGGUUCGUGGUGGCGGAUCUGUCAGAUCUGGACAGCGUGGUGGUUUGUGGAGGCUCGGCGUGGGGAUCUCCGGCUUGACGGAGAUGUGGCUCUCUGCGUUGUCUCUCUCUUUUCGUUCCCAUCAGUGGUUUUGUAGGGCGGUGCUCGAUUUCGCCCGGAGACCGUCGGUGACGAUUGGUGGUUUCUGUGCUUGGGGACAGCUCCAUCCGACUACAGUGGUCUUCCGGUGUGGGAUAGAGGCGGCGGCUCUUGUUAUUGGCGUCUCGAUUCUUCUGUGGGAGUUGUUCUCGUUGAUUUGCAGGCCUGAGAAUGGUGGUCAGAGGCGGCUUUCUCUGACUGCCCGAAGCUCCCUUGCCGCCGGAGGAUGA